GUCAUCUUUGUUGAAUGCAUGAUUUCUAAUUUAAAUUGUAUAUCAAAUGAGCUUUGAAAUUGCAUAUAGGAGAUUUAUAAAGAAGCUCAACGCACCUAUUGACCUAUUGGGAAUGUCAGAAACAACAUUUUGAAAAUCGGAAAAAAAUGCUACAGAAAAUUCUAAUCUCAAAUAUAAAUAAAAGGAGUUAAUUUAUAAAUUCAGUGCAACAACUCAAUAAUUGAUGAACAUAUUUCAAACUUCUUCAUUCUAUAAAAUAAAGAAUCUUGUAACAAUAUUUAAAAUAAAAUUUAUAUAACUUGCCAAAAAAUGAAUUUGCAGCUAUUGAAUUCUAGUGAUUUAUAUGACGAUUUAAAUACUUCUGCAUCAAAAUUUGUUGUCUUUGAUAACUUUUCUUCUUGUCAACAAAACAAUUGUUCUCUGAACGACAGCAAUAAUGAAGAAGCAUCAUCCUUUCUGCAAGCGGGCAAAGUAUACUGGGCCCUCAUGAUGAUUCCUCUACCCUUGGUGGCAGUGUUUGGAAACAUUUUGGUGAUUCUAAGCGUCUACAAGGAACGCAAUCUUCAAUCUGCUACUAAUUAUUUUAUUGUGAGUUUGGCAUUUGCGGAUCUUCUUGUGGCUGCUGUUGUGAUGCCGUUUGCAGUAUAUGUACUGGUAAACGUGGAUUGGGAACUGAGUGAUACUUUGUGCGAUUUCUACAUUGCCUUAGAUGUUACUUGCAGCACGGCAUCCAUUUUCAAUCUAGUAGCUAUCAGUGUGGAUAGAUUCAUCGCUGUCACUCAGCCAAUCAAAUAUUCGAAGCACAAAAACAACAAACGAAUCUUCCUAACCAUAAUCUUUGUGUGGUUGGUAUCGGCUGCCAUCGGAUCACCCAUAGUCCUGGGUCUUAACACCUCCCCGGAGCGCCAACCCAACCUCUGUGUCUUCUAUAAUUCCGAUUUCAUCAUCUAUUCCUCCCUCAGUUCAUUCUACAUCCCCUGCCUCGUCAUGGUCUAUCUUUACUACAAGAUUUUCAGGGCCAUACAUGAAAGAGCACGCAAAGCUUUAGGUCAGAAAAUGCCUCAGAGAUCCAGGAAUCCAGAUAACAGGGGACUUGUCAUUGAAAACACAACACGAGCUGACGAAGAACAAACAAAUUCGAAAUCAGACUCUUCCAGGCAAUCUCAGGGCAUAGCUUAUAUCAAGACCCUUUCUCCUCUCAUAGAAGGAGAUGAGGGCAGUCAGAUGUAUCACUCGGAAAACGUCGACGAUGAAGAUGACGACGAGGAAUCACCUACAGCUGAUUGCCAAGUGAUCACUAAUGUGGCAGUGUCGAGCUUUGUAAAUGACAAGUCACCCUCGCCACUGAAUGAUGUCAAGGUCGAAGCUCCCUACUUCAAAGUGAAUGGAUCCACCCUGGAGGAUAAAGAUUUUAAGACAACCGAACAAAAGAAGGCGAAAAAUCGGUUCAAGCUGGUAAAUCCAACGGCAAAAAGUAAGAAGAAGAAGCGGGAGAAAAAUGCCGCGAGGAGAGAGAGGAAAGCAACUAAAACGUUGGCCAUUGUCUUAGGAGUGUUCCUGAUCUGUUGGGUGCCGUUCUUCACUUGCAACAUCCUAGACGCUAUCUGUAUCAAGUUAGAAAGCGACACAUGGCGUCCUGGAGUGACUGUGUUCUUGCUUACGACGUGGCUGGGCUACAUCAAUAGCUGUGUCAAUCCUGUCAUAUAUACAAUCUUUAAUUUAGAAUUUCGAAAGGCAUUCAAGAAAUUGCUGUUGGAACCAUGCAAAUGAAACUCAUGAAAUACUUUCUACUCUUGCUUUCUUUACAAAAUUCUCAAAAUUAUGAAAGACCUUACGUACUGGAUUCCGAUUUCAUUUGAAAUAUGCGGAAACAAAGUAAUUUAUUGACAAACUACCUUAGUUUCUACUGGCGUCAUUUCAAGUGUUAGUGUUGACAAGUAUUAAUACGUUGCUAUUCGUAGUUUCAUAUCACUUUGCAUUCAGCAAGCUUUGUGGAAUAAUAAUGUCCGAACUUCUGUUUUAUUUUUACUACAUCAAUUAACAGUAAAGUUUUGUCUAUUCUUUUCCAAGUUUUAGAAACAACGCCGGAAAAAGAAAGUGUAAUUAUGGAAGGUGGUUUAGAAUUUCAUAUUGAAACUUGGAAACAGAAAAAGUAAAGAGAAAUUAUUUUUGUUGGGAUUAAAAAUAUAUAUCAUAUGUAUGCACAAGAUACCUAGUGAACUGUAGGUAUUGUGGUUUAUUAUUGAUUUUGAAGCAACAUUUCUCUC